UUCCCUAAAUAUUCUCCUCCCAUUUCCCUCUCUUUCUCUCGUCGAUUCGUGGUCACCUCUCUCUUCUCAAUCCUGUUCAAAACGACCAAUAACGAUCGCUUAUAGAAAUGUGAAAAAAAAGAAGGUCUCUUGAUUUGAUAAUGGCAGGAGACAAGGAGCGAGAUAAGAGAAACCUUGCUGUUGUAAGGCGAAAAUGGCACUCUCUCAAGGAUCGUGUGCACCAUUCUAUUGUGACUAUUCCAUCCAAGAAGCAAUUGAAGAUAACUAUGGGAUCACAUUACAUACCAAGAGGGAAGAAACUCGGAGAUGACGCUCACUUUUUGUGCACAAAGGAGCAAGUCAUAGGUAUAGCGGAUGGAGUUGGUGAUUGGGUCAAACAUGGAGUAGAUGCCGGACAGUAUGCUCGAGAGCUCAUGGACCACUCAGAAACGGUGGUUCAAGAAAAGAAAAGAACCUUUUUCAAUCCAGCCACAAUAAUAAAGAAAGCAUAUGCAAGAACAAGCGCAAUGGGAUCAUCAACUGCAUGCAUCAUAGCACUGAACGGCCAGUUUAUUCAUGCUGCCAUUGUUGGUGAUAGCGGCUUUUUAGUGGUAAGAGAAGGUUCUGUUGUUUUCCGAUCACCUGUGCAGCUACAUGACACUGAUCAUCCAUAUCAGUUAGGAGCACACACUAAACUUGAUGAUCCUAAUUGCGCAGAGGUGAUGAAAGUCGCUGUAAAGGCAGGAGAUGUUAUUGUUGCUGGCACUGAUGGGCUAUUUGACAAUGUGUUCGAGGAUGAAGUGUCAAGGAUCGUGCAGUCUGCGGUCGCAUCUCAUUCAGGGCCCCACGAGCUGGCAGCUGUUCUUGCUAACGUCGCUCUUGACUACUCAAAUAGUACAACCGGAGAGACACCAUAUUCAAUAGCUUCGCAGGAGGCUGGAAGGGAUCAUAUAGGUGGGAAGCCUGAUGAUAUCACAGUGGUUAUCAUGUAUAUAUGUUCAUCUGAUGCAUGAUUCGGUUGUCAUUCUCAUCGUAUAAUCUUUGGGAAGUGAAAUUUCGAAAGCCCUUCUAGUUUCAAAAGCUCUUCUAGUACGUAUCCUGGUUCGGUUUUGUGGUUAGUUUCUUUUGCACAUAAUAGAGUUGAAUUGAUCUUUUGCACAUAAUACAUGUCGAUUUUUA